AUGGGUUUUUCUUACGGAGAUGAAAUUUCUCUCUCCGUCACUGCUGACAGGAGACAGAUGAGUCACAACAACAACAACAACUCUGCCGAGAAAAGAGCCAGCGGAGCGGAGCGCGACAACAACGAGCCCUUGAAGCACCCUCUCCUCUCUGGUUCUUCCUCUUUCACUAAACAUGCCACUGUGCUCACCUUCAACCUCAGAGACGGAUUCAUCAACAUCGGCAAGGACGCUCCAGAUUCUCUUCUCUCCGUCUUAUGGACGAAUCUCGUCCGGUUUGUCAACUUAUCCAUAGAGUCCGCAGGCAGUAAGAAGGAUCGUCACGGAGGGGAAGUCCUGACUCUGAUGCUCCUGGCUCUGCAGAGCAUCGUCGACUCAGAAGCUCUGCCGGCAGCCAAAGUGCUGAUUCUCCUCGAGGCCACAGUGAAAGGUAUUCCUCAGAGAGUUCUGGGCUCUGCAUCGUAUCAGGUCGGCAAGAUGGACGUGCUGAAUGGAACGCCGGCUCUGUUCCUCGUGCUUCUCCUCUACAACAGCAGCAUGCUCUCCGCCUACAUCGAGGACGAGAGGUGGACAAAGCUUGACUUUGGCUCCCUGAAGCCCCCCCGCAGAGGAGUUUUGGACGAAGAGGCCUCCAUCGACUUCGUCUUCAUUCCUCCUGAGACCAAGGAGCGAGUGCUGACUGAGCACCAGAAGGAGGUGAAAAGGACAAAAAGGGUCGACAUCCCUGCCAUGUACAACAACCUUGAUGCGUCUCUGGAUACGACGGUGUUCACCCAGUACACCCAGAGCCAAGAGGACUCUUCGGACAAACUGGCAUCUGAACAAGCUCACAAGGUUACAGAUGAGGAGGCUACUGGCAAGGUUCCUCAGGAAGAUGUUGAAACAGAGGAAGACCAUGAAGUUCUAACCAAAGACACUCAAGACUAUGCCAGUCCGAAAGCGUUAGAUGCUAUGCCUGAAAACCAUAUUCAGGAAGAUAUGAUUCCUGAGUCCAGAGAUGUUUCUAUGGAGGACGAUACCAUUAGUGAUAGAGCAGAAGACUUGGAAAUGCAGUCUAAAGAAGGCCCAAGUCCUGACAUCUCUGGUUCUUCAGAUUUGGUCUCUGGGACUCCUCAGAAACAAAACAGUCGCCGUCAGUCCUUCAUCACUCUGGAGAAGUAUGCUGAGGGGAAAGCUGGUAGUCCCAGCAGUACUUUCACAGGUCCCCUAAUAAAGACCUCCGAUAGCCAAGAACGCUCCAACGCCAGCAAAAAGUCGUCGUCUCAGGUUUCACAGACAUCCACUAGUCCUGAGCCCCAAGGUUCCCAGUCCUCUCAGACAGGGAAAGUUAAAUCGGCGAGUCCUGUGACUGACGCUUUUGAGUCCCCUGUAAGACCAAAAGACUCUAGAAAAAGAACUGAGCCAGUAAAGCUGACUGUGAGACUGGCCAGCAACCCAACAGAGGACGAAGACGUUAUCCCCGACACCCAGACUGAAGGGGAGGACAAAGAAAUUACAACAAGUACCUCGGCAUCAGAGGAAACAAUACCCUCAUGCCAGGAAGAGGAAUCUGAUGCAGCUCUAGAUGAUUCUCGUUCUUCUCUGUCUGAGACUUCUCAAAGCGAACAAAGACGUUCUGGGCGCCCCAGAGUCAGACCUCUGCUGCCUGGAGAGAGCCCUGGGAAACAUGAAGAUAAAAACACGCUGCUGAAAAGGCGACGUUCUGGAGAGGAACCUAAAAGUGAUUCUUCAAAGUCGAGCAGGCCAAAGACAAGAAGUACACAGGCUGCUGAGGAGGACAAUGGCAGAUUACGAACGAGGGCUCAGAGGGACAAGAGUGAGUCGAACCUAACCAACUCUAAGAGAAAAGCAAAGCAGAAGAUGAAACUGUUCAACAAUUCGGAGGACUUCCUUGAAGAACUUGAACCCAAAAGGCGAAGCACCAGAGACUCCAGCCAAACUGAUUUGCUGGCUGAUAACGAAAGUCAGUCACAGGGUAAGCAAAGGCGGAGGAGCAAAGCAUCGAUGGAGAAAAUGGAUUCGGCUGACGUUGUAGAACAGGCCGAUGAGGAAAAGCCAAAGAAAGAUUCUCAAAUAAUCACACCUUCCCCUCAAACUAGUGCCAUACCCCAAGAGAUGGAGAUUGAAGAACAGACCAACAAUGACAUUGAUUCUCAGACUGUACAAGAUGGUGAAAAGCUAGAAAAAGACUUCGCUUCUCCUCAAAUUCAGGGCCAAUCCCAAGAGUCCGAGCUUAUAGAAAAGCCCAACAAUGAAAAGAAAGAUUCUCAGAUAGUCGCUUCUCCUUCAACUAAUGACGAGUCCGGAGAUACAACAAGCAAGACAGAGAAGUCGGUGAAUGAAUCGGAGGUUAAAGACCAACUUAAGACAAGGGAAGCCACAGAUGAUGACCUUACUCAAGGGGACUCUCAAGUGAUCACCCCCUCAUCUUCUGAAAGCCAGUCUCGGCGCAGAUCCGGAAGAAGCAAGGCAUCAUCUGAGGCAACGGGGUCUGAAAGUAAAAGUGAGAAUAAGGAUCCAUUAGAAAGGCGGAGCAGGUCUAAUUCUCAGGCUUCACUGACAGCUGACGGUCAGCCGGAAGCCAAAAAGAGAGGUAGGCCCAGAAAAGUACAAGAGGAUCCCUCAAAGUCGAGUCCUAUCCCAACCCCAGAAAGUUCUCAGUCUUUAGAUACCGCCAAGUCCUCCCAAGGCCUUGGACGCAAAUACCUACGUAGAACUUUUGAAGUGUUACCAGUCGCCAGUACAGAGUCUGAAAGCCAAGAGGCCAAAGAAGAUCCCCCAAUGCCCAAAAAGAGGGGAAGGAAACCUCGACUGUCUCUUCCAAGUCCUCUCACCGUUGAAUCUAAAGAAAGCCAAAUUACUAACGACAUGGUAAAAGGUGAUUCUGAUGCUUCUCAAAAGGCAGAAUUACAAAGUGUAGAAGCUAAAGCAGACUUGGAGGAUUUAGAGAAAUCGCAGAAUUCUGAAUCGCUCCAGAUAAACACUAAGGAGCAAGGUGACCCAGAAUCACAGAUGGAGGUUGAUGCUGUUGACAACACAAAGGAGAGCCAAUCGCUCACCGCUUCACCUCGCAAGGAGCAAACUCAAGUUACUGAGAUGGCCUCUACACAGGAAGGGGACACUGGAGACUUGCCCUCUGCUGAUAUGCCUGAAUCAGCUGGAAUCAGUACUGAACAGAAUCAAGAAGAGUUUCCAUGUGACCCUUCUGUUGAGGACACAGUGGAGCCCUCUGAUGAGUUGAUAGAAAAACGCCAGGUCUCCGAGUCUUCAGAGGAGAAAGCUGCUGAGCCUAGUGAGGAAGUUGCAGAGAAACAAGAGGAUGAUUCAGAUUCAAUGGAUCAAGAACCUCCAGGUCCAGCCGAGGAACCGGGUGUCGUUUCAGCCGAGGAACCGGGUGUCGUUUCAGCCGAGGAACCGGGUGUCGUUUCAGCCGAGGAACCGGGUGUCGUUGCAGCCGAGGAACCGGAGUUUGUUGCAGCCCAGGAACCGGAGUUCGUUACAGCCGAGGAUCUGGAUGUCGUUCCAGCGGAGGAAGAAGCUGAAGACUGUGACACUACUUUCGGUGAACAAGUCUCCACCAAGUGUCAAAAUGUAAUCGAUGAAGAACAGUCCGCCUCCAGCAAAGAAGGCGAAUCAACAUACCAGCACACAGAGUACACCAGUGCAGAAAGCGCCAUUUUAGAGCGUCAGUACGAAGAGGAAUCUCGAGCCCUCCACAGUUUGAACGAUGUUGUCGCAAAUUUGGAUGCUGCUCUGGCUCAAGUUUCUCCAGCGAAGCAGAAGGACCUGGAGGCUUUAAUGGCGGCAGAUCUCGGCCAAAGCCCCAGCAGCAGGACCAGAGGAACCUGGUCUCCUACAGCCUCCCCAUCCACAAGUAUCCUUAAGAAGGGUCUGAAGAGACCGCUCGAGGAUGAGACUCCCUCACCCAUUAUCAAAUCGAGGCGUGUGUCUUUUGCUAAUCCGAUCCAUCAUCAGGAAAUUGCGGACGACAUUGAUCGUCGCAGCCCUGCGCUCAGAACCAGCUCCCCGAGAAGAAACAAAGGCAGCUGUAUCCCUCAGCCAAAGUAUGUCACGACUCCAACAAAGGGCCUGCUGUUCCUGAGUCCCAGAAAUCUGCACAGUCCAGGCUACAAGAGCUCCAAGAAAUGCCUGAUUUCCGAAAUGAGCAAGGAUCGUCCCGUCUCCAAAGACUGCAUCUACCCUGCUCUGGUCGGCUGCUCGGCGCCAGUAGAAGCUGUGCUGCCGCAGAUCUCCUCCAGCAUGUGGUCUCGGGGUUUCGGGCAGCUGGUUCGAGCCAGAAACAUAAAAACUGUCGGCGACCUGAGCGCGCUCACUCCCGCGGAAAUCAAGACUCUACCAAUUCGCUCCCCGAAGAUCUCCAACGUCAAAAAGGCGCUAAAGAACUACGAACAACAACGUAAAGGACGAGGCUUUGAUGAGUUGAAGAGUUUGGAUGACUUGGAGAUGAUGACCUCUGAACUGGAGGAGACCAGUGCUCCUCAGAACCAGGAUGAAGACGACAAGACCUCAGAGACGCUAGCUACAGCGCUGAUAGACGAGCCGAUUCCUGCUGACGGUCCCAUGGAGGAAGACUGCCCCAAAAACCUGACUCCUGACACACCUGCCGGAGAACACACACCUGCAGGACGGCUGCAGGCGGAGGUGGAGGCUCUGAGCUGCAGCAUGACACCACAGGAACUUAAUAACUGCUCCUCUCAGCAGCUAGUCCAGAUCCACGAUCAGUUAUCGGGCAUGAUGAGGAGCGUCGUGGUCGAGCUGCAGACGCGAAUCUGCGAAAAAGAAGACAAACGCUGACAGCAGAUGUUGAAAAACACAUAAAGACAGAUCUAUUUAAGCUUCAACAAGACUUAAAUUGACAGAUUUAACAAAGAAAUAUUUGAUGCUUUUAACUCUGAAUUCCUGGUCUCAUCACAUUGAAUUUUCCAUACUUAAAGUGUUUUUUUUAAUAAAUGCUAGCAGCACUUUUUUAGUAUUUGUAGAUUGGGCUGUUGGAUAGUUUAUAAAAUGUUAGGAAGCACUCAAAGGGAAGCACAGUCACACUUUUUAAGCCACAUUAUUAAUACUAGUGUCCACAUGAAUGGCUUCUUGCUCCUCUUAACUAAUGUUUAAGUUGUGUACAUAUGCUACCCUCAUUUACAUUCAUGGGCCUGUUUUUUAGGCUGUUUACAAUUCAACCUAUCGGUGCUCUUGUAUAUUUUGUAAAAUGUUCUGUAAUUUCAGUUGAAUGUCUUUUUGCAGUUUUAAAGUCUUGAAGCAAGCUUUAGAUGGUAGUAGACACUUCUGUCUUUUUUAUUGAAGCAUUUAAAACUCCAAAUAAAAAAACUUAUAAUUUUAAGUUCAA